AGUAAAGAAGCCGCGGGUUCGACGGGGGGCGAAAACCUGCCUGUCGUGUGAUCGUUUCGCACUUUUGGCAAAGCAAACGACGACUGCGAGAUAGACCGCAACAACAAUGGCUGAGAACCUGCUGGACGUCGGACCACCCAAUUCAAAGCGGCCGAAGCUCAAUUCACCUGCGCUGUCAGUGUCGGAUGGACCAGAUCUGGGCUCCCUGUCUUGGGAUGAUUUAGAGAAUGACCUUCCAGAUGAGCUGAUCCCUAAUGGAGGAGACCUGGGCCUGAUGAGUGGCAUGCCCCCCAACAGUGGAGCUGCACCAGGUGCUGGUGGAACAGGCAGCACAUCAGUGAGCCUCGGUGGGGGAGGUGGUGGUAGCUCUAUUGUCCCAGAUGCAGCUGCCAAACACAAGCAACUCUCUGAGCUUCUGCGAGCUGGCAGCACCUCCAGCCUUACAAGCACAGGGCUGAACUCUGCCAGUCCUCAGGCUGGUGGCAUGGGAGCCCAGUUGGGCACGACCCUGGGGAAGAGCCCUCUGGGCCAGGGCUCCCCCAACAACCAUCCUUCCCCCCAGGGCCAGAAAACAGGAACGACUGCAGGCGUAGCAGGGCAGAACAACAAUAACACUGCAUCCAUUGCCCUGAAUGCAGCAAGCUUUAACCAGACGAUGUUGAACAAUAGCCAGGGCCAUGCUGGGCUCAUGGCCCAGGCAGGGCAACCCCAGCCGGGGCAAGUAAUGAAUGGUGGCCUGGGACCAGGGUCUGGAGCAGGGAGAGGUCGUGGUAGUGGAGUGGCAGGCAUGCAGUACCAGGGACAGACCAUGCAGGGGGCAGCACCAGGCCCUGGGGGAACAGGGAGUGCAUUGGCUGAGACACUUACACAGGGAGGACAGCAGAUCGGAGCUCACACCACCCUCAACCCAGCCCAACAGGCUGGCAACAUGAACAAGAUGGGGUUGAACAGUAAUGGGGGUCCAUUCAGCGCUCAGGCCUAUGGCCAGGGCACCGGAGGGCCAGGUCAGCAGCUCAACUCACAGCAGCAAAUCCAAAACAAGGCUGGCCUAGGAAACAGCCUGCCGCCCUUCCCCAGCGAGCUCAAAGGGGGUGCCGUCAACAGUGUGCCAAACAUGCAGCCCCAGCAGCAGGCGGCCAUGUUGCCCCUGGCGGGUGGUGGCGGUGGUGGAGGGGCAGCUCCAGCGGCGGGCCCUACAGCUGACCCGGAGAAGCGCAAGCUGAUCCAGCAGCAGCUGGUCCUGCUGCUCCAUGCACAUAAGUGCCAGCGGCGGGAGCAGGCCAAUGGGGAGGUGAGGGCAUGUGUCUUGCCCCACUGCCGCACCAUGAAGAACGUCCUUAACCACAUGACCCACUGCCAGGCUGGCAAGUCCUGCCAGGUGGCGCACUGUGCAUCGUCCAGACAGAUCAUCUCUCACUGGAAAAACUGUACCAGACAUGACUGUCCCGUGUGCCUGCCUCUUAAGAAUGCCAGUGAUAAGCGCACCCAGCAGCCCAUGCUGAGUUCCCCCAACGCAGGCCUCCAGAACCCCAUGUCCUCUGUUGGGGCAGGACAGCCUAGCACCCCCACUAUUAACAGCUCUGCACCCAUUGACCCCAGCUCCAUGCAGAGGGCAUACGCAGCUCUGGGGCUGCCCUACAGCAGCCAGACUCCUGGGCAGAGCCAGGCCCAGCAGGCCACAGGGCCCGGACAGACUCCAGCUCUGCAGAAUGCUCAGAACCAGCAACAGCAGCUUCCACAACAGAUGAGACCCAUCAACACACUUGGUAACCAGAUGGCUCUUGCAGGAGCAGCAAUGGGUGUUCCAUCGUCAGAACAAACCAACCUGCACUCAGACUCCUCCCUCCCGAACACACUCAACUCUAACAAUCAACUGCUGCCAGACGGGUCAGCAGUUGGUUCACUGGGCAACCUGCCCACUGCAGCACCCCUCUCUGCCACUGGCACCAGGAAAGCCUGGCAUGAGCACGUCACUCAGGACUUGCGAAACCACCUCGUACACAAACUAGUACAAGCCAUAUUCCCCACCCCAGACCCAGCAGCUCUGAAGGACAGGCGAAUGGAAAACCUGGUGGCUUACGCCAGGAAGGUGGAGGGGGACAUGUAUGAGUCAGCAAACAGCAGGGAUGAGUAUUAUCACUUCCUGGCUGAGAAGAUCUAUAAAAUCCAGAAGGAACUGGAAGAGAAAAGGCGCUCGCGGCUGCAGAAGCAAAUCAUCAACCAGGCUCCACUGGCUGCCCAGGGAGCCCAGCAGCCUGGCCUCCCACAGCCCAAUGCCCUGGGCCCGAGGCCACAGAACGGACCUGUGCCUAUGCCCAACGUGCCAAAUCAGAUCAUGAAUCGCAUGCAAGUUUCUCAAGGAAUCAACCAGUUCAACCCCAUGGCUCUGCCCAACGUCCAGAUGUCUCAGGCACCAAUGGGUGCCCGUGCUGCCUCUCCCAUGAACCACCCACAGCAGAUCAACAUGAGUUCCGUCCCAGCGAUGGGUAUGUCCCCCUCCAGGAUGCCCCAGGCCCAGGGCAUGAUUGCGGCGCACGCUGGAAACAGCAUGGUGGGCCAGACAGCCAGCCAGGGACAGUUCCUGACCCAAAAUCAAUUCCCUCCAGGCUCCACUGCGGGUGCAGUGAAUGUCACCGUGGGGCCUGGCAUGGGCCAACCACCCGCACAGGCAGCUGUCACACAGCAGCAGCAGCAGAGCGCUAACCUCCCUAUGAAUGCACUUGGCCCUUCGCUGGGCCCCCAGCUAUCCUCCUCCCAAACCCCUUUGCACUCCACGCCUCCGCCCGCUGCCUCCUCCUCUGCCUCCUCGGCUGGGGGGGGCACUAAUCUGCCACACCCCCAGCCCUCCAGCCGCAGCUCUACCCCCACUCUCCCUGGCCCUGCCCAGACCCAGGGCGCCACCCCGCCCCGCCCUACCCAGCCCCAAACCCAGGUGGAGCUCCCCGCAGCAGCACAGACUCAGCCCCCUACCACGCCGCUGUCUCAACCAGGGGCCAGUCUAGACAACCGGGUGCCCACCCCCGCCUCAGCUGCCAGUGCUGACCUGCAUUCGCAGCAUGCAGGAGCAGACCUUCCUGUUCAGGAAACAAAAGUUGACCCACGCCAUGACCAGCAGGAGUUUGAGCCCACUGGUGGGAAAACUGAGCCCAAGGUGGAGGCUGAGGAGGAGAAUAGUUCGUUGUCAAUUAAGAAAGAGGAGCCAGAGGAGAAGCAGGAACCAAUGGAGGUGGAAGAAAAGAAGCCAGAAGUGAAGACGGAGCCCAAAGAGGAGGAAGAGGGAGGAACCAGCAGCACGACUUCAUCGUCCCCCUCUCAGUCGCGGCGGAAAAUCUUUAAGCCAGAGGAACUUCGCCAGGCGCUCAUGCCAACCCUGGAGUCUCUCUACAGGCAGGACCCAGAGUCACUGCCCUUCCGACAGCCUGUUGACCCCAUGCUCCUGGGCAUCCCUGAUUACUUCGAUAUUGUGAAGAACCCCAUAGACUUAUCUACUAUCAAGCGCAAACUGGACACUGGGCAGUACCAGGAGCCCUGGCAGUAUGUAGAGGACGUCUGGCUCAUGUUCAACAACGCCUGGCUGUACAACCGCAAGACAUCCCGUGUCUACAAGUAUUGCUCCAAGCUGGCCGAGGUGUUCGAGUCAGAGAUCGACCCUGUAAUGCAGGGCCUUGGCUACUGCUGCGGCAGGAAGUACGAGUUCUCUCCUCAAACCCUCUGUUGUUAUGGCAAGCAGUUGUGUACCAUACCCACUGGAGGCACAUACUACAGCUACCAGAACAGGUACCAUUUCUGUGAGAAGUGCUUCAAUGAGAUCCAGGGCGAGAGUGUGACGUUAGGGGAUGACCCGGCACAGCCACAAACAAUGAUUUCUAAGGACCAGUUUGAAAGGAAGAAAAAUGAUACACUAGACCCUGAACCGUUUGUUGAAUGUAAAGAUUGCGGGCGAAAGAUGCACCAAAUAUGUGUCUUACACUAUGACGUCAUCUGGCCGUCCGGAUUCAUCUGUGACAAUUGUUUGAAGAAAAGUGGAAAAACACGGAAGGACAAUAAAUUUUCUGCAAAAAGGCUACAGUCUACACGAUUGGGAAUGUACAUAGAGGAUCGUGUAAAUAAGUACUUGAAGAGACAGAACCACCCGGAGGCUGGAGAGGUUUUUGUGCGAGUGGUGGCCAGCUCUGAUAAAACAGUGGAGGUGAAACCAGGCAUGAAAGCCAGGUUUGUGGACACGGGUGAUAUGCCUGAAGCCUUUCCCUACAGAACCAAAGCACUUUUCGCCUUUGAGGAGAUUGAUGGUGUGGAUGUGUGCUUCUUCGGCAUGCACGUGCAGGAGUAUGGCUCCGACUGCCCGUUCCCCAACACCAGACGGGUAUACAUAUCGUACCUCGACAGUAUUCACUUCUUCAGACCUCGAAUGCUACGAACAGCAGUCUACCACGAGAUCCUCAUCGGCUAUUUAGAAUAUGUCAAGAAGCUUGGGUAUGCCCAGGGUCACAUCUGGGCAUGUCCCCCCAGCGAAGGUGAUGACUACAUCUUUCACUGCCACCCAGCAGACCAGAAGAUCCCCAAGCCGAAGCGAUUGCAGGAGUGGUACAGGAAGAUGUUGGACAAGGCCUUUGCUGAGAGGAUCCUGCAUGACUACAAGGACAUCUUCAAGCAGGCGACAGAGGAUCGUCUAACCAGUGCAAAUGAGCUGCCCUACUUUGAGGGUGACUUCUGGCCCAACGUACUCGAGGAGAGUAUCAAGGAGCUGGAGCAGGAGGAGGAGGAGAGGAAAAGGGAAGAGAACACUGCUGCCUGUGAUACUCCUGAGGGAACACCGGGUGACAGCAAGAAUGCCAAGAAGAAGAACAACAAGAAGACAAAUAAAAACAAGAGCAGUGUGAGCCGAGCCAAUAAGAAGAAGCCUGGGAUGCCGAAUGUAGCCAAUGACCUGUCCCAGAAGCUUUAUGCCAACAUGGAGAAGCACAAAGAGGUAUUCUUUGUGAUCCACCUGCACUCGGGUCCCAUGAUUAACACCCUGCUGCCCAUCGUUGACCCUGACCCCCUUUUAACCUGUGACCUGAUGGAUGGCCGUGAUGCCUUUUUGACACUGGCCCGGGACAAGCACUGGGAGUUUAGCUCUCUCAGGAGGUGCAAGUGGAGCACUAUGUGCAUGCUGGUGGAGCUGCACAACCAGGGCCAGGACCGCUUCGUCUACACCUGUAAUGAGUGCAAGCACCACGUAGAGACACGCUGGCACUGUACUGUUUGUGAGGACUUUGACUUGUGCAUAAAUUGCUAUAACACCAAGGGGCAUGAGCACCAAAUGGUUAAGUGGGGCCUGGGUCUGGAUGAUGACAAUAACAGCCAGAGUGGAGAAGCCUCCAAGAGCCCCCAGGAGAGUCGGCGUCUUAGCAUUCAGCGCUGCAUCCAGUCUCUGGUCCACGCCUGCCAGUGCCGCAAUGCCAACUGUUCCCUGCCGUCCUGCCAGAAGAUGAAGAGGGUGGUGCAGCACACAAAGGGCUGCAAGAGGAAAACAAAUGGCGGCUGCCCCGUGUGCAAGCAGCUCAUCGCUUUAUGUUGCUACCACGCCAAGCACUGUCAGGAGAAUAAGUGUCCUGUGCCAUUCUGCCUGAACAUCAAGCACAAGCUACGGCAGCAGCAGCUGCAGCACAGGCUCCAGCAAGCCCAGAUGAUGAGGAGGAGGAUUGCCACCAUGCAAGGCAGAACAAUGCCCCUACCAUCCCCGCCUGCCUCAACAGCCCCAAGCACACCCACUCCCCACUCACAGCCCAACACACCCCAGACACCCCAGCAGCCACUUUCUAACCAGCCCCCAACUCCCAACGCAACAGGCGUCAUGUCUCCAAGCUUCCCCAGUGCACCUCGUAAUGGACAUCCUCAAGCCCCGGUGUCCCAGGGCAAGCCCGGGCCUCAGGCUUCCCCACUGCAUCAGCAGCAGUCUCCUCUCCCCCAGCCGCCCCAGCAACCCCAGCAGCCCCCACAGCAGCAGCCCCCCCCAGCUGCUGUCAAGAUGGCACGGCACAUUGAGAUGAUGGCCCAGGCUCAGCAGAACCAACAGAACUACCGGGUUAACAUGAACGGCCUGCCUCUGAACCCCCAGCAGCCACAGCAGCGCAUGGCAGGUCCCAUGCAACCACCAAUGCAGAUGGUGCCAGGACCCAGGGGGCCUCAGGUCAUGCAGGCUGGUAUGGCCCCUGGACAAUGGCCUGGAGCUGGGGGACCCAUGCAGACUGCCCAGCCUCAACAACCAGGCCUUUCUCAAGGGCAGUCUCCACAGCAGGCCAUGACAUUGCAGCGAGCCAUGAUGCCCCAAGGGCAGCAGCCACAACAGGCCCAGAGGAUGAUGGUUCCCCAACAGCCAGGCGCUCGGCCACAGACGCCUCAGAGACCAGGAGCCAUUGCACCAAACGCCCUCCAAGACCUCCUCCGCACCCUCAAGUCUCCCAGUUCACCUCAACAGCAGCAGCAAGUGCUCAACAUCCUCAAGUCCAACCCCCAGCUCAUGGCGGCUUUUAUUAAGCAGAGAACAGCUAAGUACCAUGCCAAUCAACCACAGCAGCAACAAGGUGGCCAGCAGCAGCCAGGCAUGCCAGCAAUGCAGGCCAUGGCUAUGCAGGCAGGGGCAGUGCAGAGGCCUGGAAUGCCCCCACAACCGCCCCAGCAGCCUCCAACCCAGGGCCUGGCUGCAUUAGGGCCUCAAGGGCAAUUGAUGAACCCGGCACACAACCCAAACCCCCAAAUCCAGGAGCUCUACCGUCGGCAGCGUUUAAGGCAGCAGCAGCAGCAGCAGCAGCAGCAGCAAGGAGUGAUGACUCAGGGCCACCCUGGCCAAUUUCCCCCUCAGACCCAGGGCACGGCAGCCACUUACUCUCAGCUCCGUAUGCAGCAACAGCAGCAGCAGCUAGCCAUGCAGGCAGGGGCUGGGGGAACUGGGGGACCCAUGGGCCAGCUCCAACCCAUGGCUCAGAUGGGCCAACCUGGCAUGGGGCUGGACUCCACCCAAAACAUGCUUCACCAGCGCAUGCUCCAGCAGCAGCAGCAACAGCAGCAGCAGCAACAACAACAGCUUCCUCAGCAACAGCAGGCCGUCCUGAAGCAACAGAUGGGCUCUCCAGCCCAGCCCAGCCCCAGGAGCCCCCAGACCCACCUGUUGGCCAGCCAGACGCAGGGUGGAGCCCACCUUCCUGGCCAGCCCACCCUGGCCAACACCCUCAGCAACCAGGUCCGCUCCCCAGCGCCGGUUCAGUCGCCCUGUCCAACCUCCCAACAACAACCCCAGCAGCAGCAACCUCCACAUUCCAGCCCCUCGCCACAGGUUCAGAACCAGCCACAGCCCUCACCCCAGCACCCGCCUCCAUCACUUUCGGGGUCACCGCACCCGGGCCUGGGAGGCCCACUGUCGGGGUCCAUGGAGCAGGGACACAUGGGGGCACCAGAACAGAGUGCCAUGCUCCCGCAGCUUAAUACACCCAACCGAGGGGGGCUGAACAGUGACUUAGGGAUGGUAGGAGACGCUACAGGGGACACUUUGGAGAAGUUUGUGGAGGGAUUGUAGCAUUUUCCCUGGGAGCUACUUUGUCUUGAAAGACCCAGCUGUCUCGCUCCCUGCAACCCAUCCUUCCCAAACCCCCUGGACCUUUCGUCCUGUAAUAGGGCUUCGUUUGUUCUUUCUAAGGUUGAUAACUUUUUGUACUGACAUGUAAAAAGUUUCAGCAGUUGUAAAGAGAAAAACAAAAAUUUUGGGGAAAGUAAUGAAAUUAACACUUCCAGGAAAUGUAGUAUAUUCCUAAACUCAAGUGAUCGGUAUUUCUUCCUUAGAAUGUUGAGGGAUUUGCAUAUUGCUUCUUAAAAGAAAUUGAAAUCACAAAGAAUAUAUUUUUUUGGUUGAGACCAAAUGUGCUCGAUCUUAUUUUCCUUUGGUUUGGUUUUUGGUAUGGGUUCAUGCCUUCCUCGUUUCUUUUUUUUUCUUUUUUUUUUAGAAAAUUUACAAAAGAACUGCAUUAUAUUAUUCAUACCUUUUAUUUUGUACCUUUUGGAAAACUUCAAGCUUUCUUUUUUCUUUUUUUUUUUUUGAAACUGUAAAAUAGUUUGUGCGGGAAUUGCGCCAGGUCUUUUCGUUGUCGUCUCCGGUUCUCGGUCCCGGCAGUUGUAAUCUAGUGUCGUACCAUUUUUCACGGCCACAGCUUCGGGGGGACCCCUCCCUUCCUCUCCGUGUGUGUGUGUGUGUGUGUGUGUGUGUGUGUGUGUGUGUGUGUUUAUGAGCACCCAGUUCUCAUUAAAUAGACGGACUACGGCAGGUUGUGUACACGGGGGGCAUGUAUGAAGACGCACAUGAAGACACUGACACAGCUACUCAAAAAGAAACACUCUUUCAACCAUUUUCACAAACUUACAACAACAACAAAAAAGAAAUUAAAAAACAAAAUGGACUACAGCCUACAUUUUUUAGCGGCCUGGAAAUCACAAAAUCCCUGUUCUGCGGCGGGUGUAGAAAAUUGUUGCUUUGACAUUAAAAAAAAAAGACGUUUGUCAUACAUUUUUCUUUGUCAUGCAAAUGUUGUAAAGUGUAAAGAGAGAGUGAGAAAGAGGCCAGACCCCUAGGGUGAGUUGGAAUGAAGACUGGUUGGCAGCUCUGUUAAUAGGCCACAUCUCAGACUGGUGCCCUGCGCGCCAGGCUUCACAAGACGUAGUGUGCUGGGUAGGGAACAGGGCUCUGUGAGGUUCACCCUGAAGACGACUUAAUAUGACCAACCCUCAUUCCUCUCACAAAAACUUGAAUUAGGGGGAUUUACUUUUUCUCCUAUUGUAAAUCUGCAAGUUAUUAAGCAAAAUACUAUAAAUAUAAGGAAGAGAAAAAGAAAUCACUGUAUAAACUGGUUAAAGACUCAUUUCUUACUUAUAUACCAUAUUGUUAAAUAAACUGUGUGCA